AAACAUCGAGUGAAAUCGAUCGAAUGUUUUGUGUUUUUAAAAAUUUUGUUUUUAAAGUUUUUUUAAAAAGUUUUAUUUAAUUAUUUUAUAAAAAAUGGAUACACCAAUAUCAUUAUUACAUGUAAUUUGUAUACAUAAUAAUACAAAAGCUGAUUAUACAUUAUUAUCUCGAGAAGGACAAGUACAUUUACCAACAUUUACAUUUCGUGUACAAGUUAAUCAACAUUUGGAAGAAGCAUCAGGACAAUCGAAGAAAAAAGCUAAACAUUUAGCUGCGAAAAAAAUGAUUUUAAAAUUAUUCAAUGAUCCAAAUAUUGUUAUCAAAGAAGAUCGUAAUCAAAUUAUUGAAAGUUUAAAAGAUGUUGAUGAAUCAUUGGAUAUUAUUGAAAAUAAACAUAAUAUUGAUUUAUUGAAUCAACAAUUAACCGGAUUAUCUAUUAAUGGUGAUCAACAGCAGCAACAACAACAAAAUCAUCAAAAUCAAAAUCAUCAAGAACGAAACAAUAAACAAGGACAACAAGCAGGUAAUAAUGCUACUGCUUCAGCUGCUGCUGCUGUAUGGUCAGAAUUAGAAAAUCCAAUAGGAAAAUUACAGGAAAUUUGUAUGAAAAAACAUUGGCAUCCACCAAUCUAUGAAGAAGUUCAAUCAUCCGGCCUACCACAUGAACGUUUAUUUACAUUUCAAUGUCGUAUUGAAAAUAUGAACUUGGUUAUUUGUGGUGUUGGAAAAUCAAAAAAAUCAGCAAAACGUGAAGCAGCUGAAAAAAUGUUAACCGUUUUGCGUGAUGAACAUUUGGAUAAAGUUGAUGAAAUUUUGGAUCGUAUACCGAAAAAUACAUCGUUGAAUAAAAAUGAUCAAAAUAAUGAUAAUGGUGGUUCAACAUUUAAUCUUCGUAAUGAAAUUAUUGCUUUUCAAGAAAAUCGUGAACAAAAUCGUCAAUUACAAUCAAAUCAUUAUUUAUUUUUUAAAAAAAUUCAUCAAAAUGAAAAAAUUUUCAAUGAAAUUCAACAAUUAAUACCUGAAGAAGAAGAUAUUGAAAAUUUCAUACAAAAAUAUCUAUGUGAUAAUUAUAUUAUUGAAAAUAUUGAUAAUCUUAUACAAAAAAUGGCUAAAAUUAUUCAUUGUCAAACAAAUUGUAUUUUACAUCCAGAAAAAUCACAAUUAAAUCAAUAUCAAUAUUGGGCUGAAUUGAUUGCAAUCAUUGAUACAUCAUCAAUAUCGAAUCAUCAUAAUCAUAAUCAUCAUCAGAUACCGAUAUUAUCUUGUUGGGGUACGGAUGAUGAUCUACAACGUGCCAAACAAAAAGCACUUACACGUUUAUUUUUAACAUUUAUCUGGUAUUGUUAUUGACCAACAACAAACUCUUGUUUUCGACUUUCACACACACACACACA